AGUACAGAUUUGGCAGCAGCGAAUAGCAGGUGCAUCACACCAGUCACCGACUGGCACGACGCAGCAGGACUAAUUAUGUGAAGUUUGACCAGUCUUUUUACAGUUUUCAUUAGGGGAAUAGACAAACUUAGACUUCACAUAUAUAUGGUAUGCUUAUCUUGACUUUUAAAGUUAUAAUUUUUCCUGAAUUGUUUAUGUUAUUCCUCAUGUGCACGUAAACACCUCAAAAAAAUGUCCUUAAUCGAUGUCACACUGUCUGAAACACCGUCCUCCUGACGAAUACGGAUUGUGGCUUCAAAUCAGGGGCACUGCAGUGACUGUGACCCGCUUACAAAAUGCAGUGAGGAAGAGGAGAAGAAGGGGGCACCUCAUGAUCAGUGCAGGGAGAGAGAGAGGGAGACAGAGAGAGGGAAUCAGCUGCAGAGUGUUUUCUCGACACAAGAGCUGGAGUCCAGUCUGGUUGCUUUAGAAGAGACACAGUCCCGCUAUGUCCCUAAUUACCUUUCGCAGGGAGACAACACUGAAGGAGAAGCAGCUGACUCUCAUUCUAACUCACCCAAAACUGGAUUGAUGGACCUCCAUUAUGGCCAAGUGGACGUGAUUCUGCAUUCAGCACCUGUGGCACAAUGUCGAAUAUGAUCUCCCUGACUGCCAUAAGCAUUUUGUACUUGCCUGUUUUACUGUUCGAGGCAUUUGUGUUGUCCAAAAGCAAGUAUGAGAGGUCAGUGGUGCCGAGUUCUGCCUCUCGCCUGGUGGCCAGGAUGGACGGGGAUAUUAUAAUCGGCGCCCUCUUCUCUGUUCACCACCAACCCUCAGCUGAGAAGGUGGCGGAGAGGAAAUGUGGGGAAAUCCGCGAGCAGUACGGCAUCCAAAGAGUGGAGGCCAUGUUCCACACGUUGGAUCGGAUUAACUCGGACCCACACCUGUUGCCCAACAUCACUCUGGGCUGUGAGAUCAGGGACUCCUGCUGGCAUUCAUCAGUGGCUCUGGAGCAGAGCAUCGAGUUCAUACGAGACUCUCUCAUCUCCAUCCGAGACGAAGGGGACGGCUCCAGGUGGUGUAUCGAGGGCGCACCUUCCAGUCAGCCACCAUCGACCAAGAAGCCCAUCGCAGGGGUCAUUGGGCCCGGCUCGAGCUCAGUAGCAAUUCAAGUUCAAAACCUCCUGCAGCUGUUCAACAUCCCACAGAUUGCCUAUUCUGCAACCAGUAUCGACCUCAGUGACAAGACACUGUUUAAGUACUUCCUCAGGGUUGUGCCCUCGGACACACUUCAGGCCAGGGCCCUCUUGGACAUUGUCAAACGGUACAACUGGACAUAUGUGUCUGCAGUGCACACAGAGGGUAACUACGGGGAGAGCGGGAUGGAAGUGUUCAAAGAGCUCGCCUCGCAGGAAGGCCUCUGCAUCGCCCACUCCGACAAGAUCUACAGCAACGCCGGCGAGAAGCACUUUGACAGGCUGCUGAGGAAGCUGCGCGAACGUCUGCCGAAAGCCCGAGUCGUUGUCUGCUUCUGUGAAGGCAUGACAGUCCGAGGGCUGCUGAUGGCCAUGAGAAGGCUCGGAGUAGCCGGAGAGUUCCUCCUAAUUGGCAGCGAUGGCUGGGCAGACCGAGUCGAGGUGGUGGAGGGAUACGAGCAGGAGGCUGUGGGCGGCCUCACUGUGAAGCUGCAGUCUGAAGAGGUCUCCUCCUUCGAUGACUACUUCCUGAAGCUCAGGCUCAGCACCAACACCCGCAACCCAUGGUUCCCCGAGUUCUGGCAGUACCGGUUCCAGUGCCGCCUUCCUGGACACCCCCAAGAGAACCUGAAUUAUGCACGAAACUGCUCAGGUUAUGAAAGUCUGGAGGACAACUACGUUCAAGACAGCAAGAUGGGCUUCGUCAUCAAUGCCAUCUAUGCCAUGGCUCACGGGCUGCACGACAUGCACACUCACCUGUGCCCUGGUCACGUCGGGCUCUGUGACUACAUGAAGCCCGUUGAUGGCAGUCACUUACUGGACUUUCUUCUCAAGACGACCUUCACUGGUGUUUCCGGGGAGGACAUAUGGUUUGACGAGAAUGGCGACUCACCUGGGAGGUAUGAGAUUAUGAACUUCCAGCAUGUGGAGCCUGGCGUUUACGACUACAUCAACAUUGGCUCCUGGCAUGAGGGCAUACUCAGUCUCGAUGAAGAACUGAUUCAGAUGAACCGCAGUGACCUGGUCCGCUCUGUCUGCAGUGAGCCCUGCUCCAAAGGAGAGAUCAAGGUGAUCAGGAAGGGAGAAGUGAGCUGCUGUUGGAUCUGCACUGCCUGCAAGGACAACGAGUAUGUCCAAGAUGAGUUCACUUGCAAGGCCUGUGAGCUGGGCUGGUGGCCUGACAAAGAACUGGAAGGCUGUGAACAAAUCCCUCUCCGCUACCUGGAGUGGAGCAAUCCAGAGUCCAUUAUCCAGGUGGUUUUCUCCUGCCUGGGUAUCCUGGUCACAUCAUUUGUUACCUUCAUUUUUGUCUUAUAUCGUGACACGCCUGUGGUCAAAUCCUCCAGCCGGGAGCUGUGCUACAUCAUCCUUGCAGGGAUCUUUCUGGGUUAUUUGUGUCCAUUCACCCUCAUCGCCCGUCCCACCGUGGCUUCGUGCUACCUCCAGAGGCUCCUCGUCGGACUCUCGGCUGCCAUGUGCUACUCCGCCUUGGUGACCAAAACCAAUCGCAUUGCCCGGAUUCUGGCUGGCAGCAAGAAGAAGAUUUGCACCAGAAAGCCGAGGUUCAUGAGUGCUUGGGCUCAAGUGGUCAUUGCCUUCAUCCUGAUCAGUGUACAGCUCACCUUGGAGAUUACCCUCAUCAUCAUGGAGCCUCCUGAACCCAUCAAAUCCUAUCCCAGCAUCAGAGAAGUCUUUCUCAUCUGCAACACCAGCAACGUAGGUGUUGUAGCCCCUCUGGGCUACAACGGCUUACUCAUCAUGAGCUGCACUUAUUAUGCCUUCAAAACCCGAAAUGUUCCCGCAAAUUUCAACGAAGCCAAAUACAUCGCCUUCACCAUGUACACCACAUGUAUCAUCUGGCUGGCUUUUGUGCCAAUCUACUUUGGCAGCAACUACAAGAUCAUCACAACAUCCUUCUCUGUAAGCCUCAGUGUGACUGUAGCCUUGGGCUGCAUGUUCACACCAAAGAUGUACAUCAUCAUUGCCAAACCUGAACGAAAUGUGCGCAGCGCAUUCACCACUUCUGAUGCUGUGCGCAUGCAUGUAGGCGAUGGAAAAAUUGCCUGCCGAAGCAACAGUCUGCUCAACAUGUUCAAGAGGAAGAAGAACACUGGAAACGGCAGUUCUAAUGGAAAGUCUGUGUCAUGGUCUGAACCAGGUGCAAGACAUCCUCCAAAAGGGGAUCACAUGUGGCACAGACUGUCAGUGCAUGUGAAGAGACAGGAAGCAGGUUCCAAUCAGAUGGCUGUCAUCAAACCCUUAACUAAUACCUACCAAAACAGAGCCCUGGAGUUCUCAGACCUCAGCACUAAGACCUUGUACAAUGUGGCUGAGGAGGAUGAGAGUGACCCUAUCAGAUACAAUCCCCCCGCCACUCCCCCAAUGACGGCCCACGGGCAAAUUCCUGCCUGCGGGCUGAUAAAACACGUGAAUGAGAAGGUGGAGCUCUAUACCCCCAAGCACCUGCAGCGAAAUAGCGUUAUCCCCCAACAGGUCGUCAUGGAGGGGGAGAUGGUGGUAAAUCGCAAAAGCAGCAGUGACAUUCCUGAGCUUAAUGAAAUGAUUAGCAUGCCGGAGGCCGUGAGUGGCGGCAUGCCCAUAUACCACCAGGCCCACCUCAUCCAGCAGGACCCGGUCCUGCCUGUGCAUCUCGACGCUUUCGAUGAGGAGCCCACCUCCCCUUUGGAGGAGGAGGAAGAGGAGGAGGAGGAGGAGAUGGAGAAUGAGCAGUUUGGCCUUCUUCGCGGCUACAUGUACAACAACUCCCAGAUUCACGAGGAGGAGGAGGACUUGGCUGAGGUCAAAUUAGCCAUGGAGGAUUCUCUGGCUCUCAUGCCUCCUUCCCCUUUUCGAGAUUGCACCUGUCCUCCAGCGAGCCCCUUUCCCAAUUCGCCGGUGUCUGAGUCAAUUUUGUGCAGUCCUCCCAAUGUGACUUAUGCCUCCGUCAUCCUCAGAGACUUCAAGCAAAGCUCCUCGACUCUGUGAGGGUGCACUCACUAAAUAUUACCAGUUGUACUAUAUUUUAAAGUUCAUAAUGACUUGUGCUGUACAUGAUUAUAUAUAAGGAAAAAGUCAUUCUGUCGUCGGAAGAGUCAUUUUUCACUCUUUAAUUGAUAGCUUUUACAUGAUAAGGGUGAACAUCAAGGCGGCACAUUUUAAGAUUCUUUUAGAUGUUGUCUGCAGUAGUGAACAAAUUUGCCUAAUACAAGCAUAAAUUUAUAUUCUAACGUAAGCUUUUAGGAUUAAUAGAUUUUGUGCUUAUCAGACAAACAACUAAGAUUGUAUGUGUGUGUGUGUGUAUUUAUUAUAUUUAUUUAUUGAUAGAAAUAGAUUUAUUUGAUAAAUAUAGGUGAUAUAACAAGCAGAUCCAUUUGCUGAUUUUAAACAGGGUGACUUAAUGGUGAAUAUUGUUUGUGUGUAAUGAAAAAACAAUCCAGUUUGUUUAUGUUUUUCGUAGGCCUACACGUUGUGUGUUUUGUGCUUUACCAGGAAAUUAAAGCAAGGUUUAAAGACUAGCUUAACAAUUUGGAAAAUAAAGUUAUUUGCUUUCUUUAAGAAAGUGUGAUAAGAAGCUACGGCUAUAAGCCAUUAGCUUAGUUUAGCAUGAAGACUAGAGGUUCAGGAUCUCUUUGUCUGUCUCUGUAUCCAAAGGUGACAAUCAGUAAGUUGCUGUUUUUACAAUCUGGUUUUAGUACUGAUUUUACAAGUGAGAUAUGACAUGUUAAUUAGUCAGCUGGACAGAGUGAGCCUGGCUUCAGUCUUUAUGUCGAGCUAUGCUAACCACUUACUGGCAGUAGUGUCACCUUCAGAGUGCAGACAUCCGAGGGGUAUCAAUCUUCAGUCCUACGUUUUGGCAAGAAAGCAAGCGAGUGCAUUUCCCCAAAUGUUUGCUUUAAGCUGGGAGAGCGGAAUAAAAAUGUUGGAAUAAAAAUUAAAAAGGUGACAAGUCAACAUGAUUUCUCAUUUUAAAAAAAGCAAAAACAAACAAAACUUAUUUUCUGUAAAUUUUUGAUUGAUACAGUACUGCCAGACAAAGAAGCAGACUGCAUCACGAAUGUAGCAGAGGACAAGUUCAAGUGCCACAUUUUCAUCAAGAGUUUUUUUAUUUUGUACAUCUGUCUCAUUUCUAUUGUCUUCUAUUGUCUCGAAAUGCAAGUUUCAAAUAGUUUCAAAUUUAUAUCUUUUAUAAUUAGACACCCAAGUACAUAACUGUGUGGAUUCAUGUAUAAGAUAGAUGGCAUACAUAUGUCAGUGAAUGGAUGAAAUGUUGUUCAUAUUUUGGUAUUCAGAUGAUAUCUAAAUGAAUUGCAGUAUUAGAAAGAACUUAGCUGUGUAUGCUUCUGUUGUGUGACUGGUUGUGAACACCAAUCGCUUUCCUUGACAUUAAGACUUUAAGAGCCUAUCGAAUUCGUAUAAUGUGAUGAAGUGUUACCAUUUUAUGUAAUAUUCUGAAUAAGCUAUUUGCAGCUGAUAUAUACACCGUAUAAAAGUCUGCCAUUUGAAACAAAUACUUACUGUAGAGCAUUUAAAUGGACACUGGUUUGAUCGGAG